AUGGAAGCGAAACGAACAAAUCGUGACGGCGGCGUGUCGCUGCCGGAGGACGUUGUCUUCGAGGUGCUAGCCAGGCUGCCGGCGAAGACCCUGUGCCGGUUCCGGUGCGUCUGCAAGGGGUGGUGCGCCCUCAUCGGCAACCCUGCCUUCGUCGCCGCGCAGAGAUCUCGCGCCGGGCCGCACGUCGUCGGCGUGCUACACAAAGCCUUCCCGCCGCAGAUGCUGGUGAUGGACAUGGACGGCAACGUGGUCAGGGCGUCAGAGAUGACGACGAUGUGCACGCGCACGCCGCUGCCGACGCAGCCGGACCUCAUCUGCGUUGACGAAGAACAAUUGUCGCCACAAGCAGGUGCUGCCAUGGUCAUCGAUCCGGCGGCCGGCCGAGCGUACACCGUCUUCAGCAAGAGCGAUCCACCGACUCCCUGGGGCUUCACCUGCUCCACCAGCUUUGGCCGUGCCACUCCGUCCGGCGCCUUCAAGUUCAUCCGCCUGCAGGAACCUUGCUGGCAUGACGACGACGGUGGCCACGUGGUUUGCAAGGUUGCCACGAUCACUGACGGUGGCGGCACCGGGCCACCGACAUGGAGGCGAAGGUCGGCACCGCCUUUUGUUACCGGAUCGGGCCGUGAUCAGAAGGUCGUACUCAAUGGGUGUCUCUACUGCAUCUCUUGCAAGCUCAAGUUUGGUGGUGAUGUCCAUGGUGGAGAUGAUACAGCUCCGUCUCCGUGCUGGAACCGCAUAGCCGCUUUCGACCUCGAGAGCGAAGAGUGGAAGGCGGAGGUGAUUAAUGGACCAACAUUGAUGAGGCACCACAAGGAGGAGGAGCUAUGGUGCAUUGCUCUAGUCGAGAUCAAGGGAACAUUAGCUGUGGUUGACGCACACGUGGACAAUCAGGAUGUGACCAUAUGGCUCUUAGUUGAUCCAGAAAAGAGUGUGUGGGUCAAAGAGUGUAGGAUACAGUACAGAGGAUAG